ACUCAUACAGUAGUACUUCGAAGGCUAAAGGUUACGGAAGAAUUAAUGAUAGGGUGAAUAAUCUACUAUCAAGAGAGUUUCCCUUCUAUUUAUGACAUUUCAUUGGAUAUUCUGGGUUAUCACUUCUUACUCAAUACUGGCAAAACGUGUUCAGCGGCCUUCACUUUUCCUUGGACAUUCGAAGAAACGGUUUCACGCUGAAAGCUCAUUUCUAUGCAAGAAGGUUUCAUGAUGAUUAAUCAAAUGAUUGGAGCUCUUGCUGGGCUCGUUAGAAUCUUCCUCACUGUGACUCGUCCUUUGUCAGAUAAGGUCCUGGAUGUUUUAUAUGCAAUCUUCAUGGGAAGCACUCCGCAGUUGCCUUCAAUAAAUAACAAAAUUCUUCUCAUGUCGGCCACAGAACUCGCUGAGAAGAUUCGAAAGAGACAGUUAACCUGCGAGGAAGUUAUCAAAGCGUAUAUAAUGCGCAUCAAAGAAGUUCAACCAAUUAUCAAUGCCAUCGUGGAUGAGAGGUUCGUGGAAGCUAUUCAUGAUGCCAUUGCUGUAGAUCGUCUUCUGGCAAGCGGUAAAAAAUCUGAGAAAGAUAUCGCUCAAGAUACUCCCUUGUUGGGUGUGCCUUUCACUUCCAAAGAUUUGAUUGGAAUAAAGGGCCUGACUCAAGCUGCCGGUCUAGUUUGUUUUAAAGACAGAAAAGCGGAGAGGGAUUCGGACACAGCUGCCUUGCUGCGGAAAGCUGGUGCCAUACCAGUGGCGAUUACUAACGUUCCGGAGCUAUGCAUGUGGUGGGAAAGUGCUAACAAUGCUUUCGGGAGGACCAAAAAUCCUUUUGACAUCAGAAGAACCGUUGGUGGCAGCUCAGGUGGAGAAGGUGCUCUUAUCACGGCAGCUGGAGGAGUUAUGGGCAUCGGAAGCGACUUAGCGGGAAGUAUUCGGAUCCCAGCCUCUUUCUGCGGAAUUUAUGGGCACAAGCCUUCAUCAGGUGUAAUUUCAAAUAGGAAAUACUGGCCGGACAGUGAAGGGGCAUUAGACGAAAUCCUCAGCACAGGUCCAAUGUGCCGAUAUGUGAAAGAUCUCUUGCCUCUUGUCAAAGUGUUAUCGGAUAAUGAUCGAAGGCUUCGACUUGAGGAAAAAGUGAAUUUCCGUAAUGUCAAAGUGUAUUACAUGGAAGAAGUCCCUGGAUUUCUGAAUUCUGCUAUUAGGCCAAUUAAAGCAGCUGUUAGAAAGGCUGUGGAACAUUUUGAAAAUGAAUAUGGGAUCACUGCCACUAAAGUUAACAUCAAAGAAUUAUCAUAUGGCUUCAAUAUCUGGGAGAGCAAAUUGUUGGAAACUGGGUCACCUCCAGUAGCCAGCAUGCUGAGCGGCGAAGUUGGCAAAGAUUCGAGCAUCAACCUAACCAUGGAGCUGAUUAAAAGUUUCUUCCGAUGUUCAGACCACACUUGGCCAGCUAUUUAUAAUGGAAUGAUCGAUAUGCGAGAGAAGAAUAAAUUCCACUACAAAUGCUUAGAGAAAUUCAAUGUCCUGAAGGCGAAAUUCGAAGAGCUUCUACAGGGUGAUGCCAUAUUCUUGUUACCUACUCAUCCAGAACCUCCACCACAUUACCUCAUGACGAUUCCUAAAUAUCCCAACAUUGUAUAUACUUGCACUUUCAAUAUUUUAGGCUACCCAUCGACACAGAUUCCAGCAGGGUUGUAUCAGGGAUUACCUAUUGGUUUCCAAGCCAUCAGCAGAAGAUUCCAGGAUCAUUUAACCAUUGCAGCAGCCGUUGAACUAGAUAAGGUGUUCAGUGGUUGGAUAUGUCCAUGUCCUGUCAAUGUUUAAUAAACACUAUUCACAUACGAGCUUCCCGAAAGAUAGCAUAAUCACAGACUUGAGCAAGCUGUUUUCAUUUUCCAUGUGAUAGAUAUGAAUGAGAGCUUGCUUUUCCCUAUUCAAUGAAAUUUUUCAUAUUUUUACAGCAUUUGGAAUAUUGUACAGCAGCGAAUUAAAGAUAAUAUAUAUAUAUAUAUAUAUAUCACCAUGAACUUAUAAACGAUUUUGUAUAGAGUAGUGCUUGACAAGUGGUAAAAUUUCAGUUUCAGCGUUAGUUUUUCAUGCAAAAGAAUUUUAGAAGGAGAAUCUUAGAUUUAGUUACUUAAGAAAGAACUAAAUUUGAACUCAUUAAUAUCGUUUAUGCAAGAUAUUGAAGAAUGUCAAUAAAAUACAUAUCCUUUUA